AUGUCGCUCGAGUUCCGCAUCAUUGACGCCUUCACCUCGACCGCCUUCGCCGGCAACCCUGCGGCCGUCGUCCUCGUCCCCGCCGACCACCCUCGCCGGGACGACACGGAGUUCCUCCUCUCCGUCGCUCGCGAGUUCAACCAACCCAUGACGGCGUUCUUGACGGCCAAAGAGGGCGGCGACGAGCCAACGUACGCAAUUCGGUGGUUCACCGGCAUUCAGGAGAUCCCGCUGUGCGGCCACGCCAGUCUAGCGGCCGCUGCACUCUGCUUCAACGAACUGAAUCCGACUGCUCGCCGCGUUCGCCUACAAGCUGCGGCCUGCACUUUGACGGCAGACAAGCUCGACGACGGUAGCAUCGAGAUCGCCUUGCCGCAAGAUUUGUCCGUCUUCGAGGACGCGCCCGUCCCGCCUGAGGCAAAGGCGGCGGUCAAGGCCGCACACUCGGCUCUUUUCGACGCAAUCAUCGAGAUGCGCAAGAUCAAGAUUGGUUGGAUGGUCGUGUUGGACUCUGCCUUCGACCUCGAACACGCGGACAUCAACUAUGUCGCCUUGCAAUCCUGCCUCGGCUCGUACACCUUCACUCAAGCUCGACUGACGCCUUCAGCAGUCGGCGAAGCCAUCUUCUCCCGCGUCUGCCACCCCUUUAUCUCGACUCCCGAAGACUUUGUCUGCGGCGCAGCACACUGCUCGAUGGUUCCCUACUGGCUCUCGCAACCCGCCUCGACUCGACUCCCGCCAACUCAGGGCGGCUGGACUGACUCGACGCCGUUCAAGUCGCUCCAAGGUGGACCGCGGCAAGGAGUACUCGCUGUGCGGUGGGACAAGGAGGCGGGUUUGGUUGCGCUCGCUGGAUCGGCGCGCACCGUCAUGAAGGGUGAGGUGCUCGUGUAG